AUGGACGGCGAUAUAUUCAAUGAUGAUGAUUUUAUUGUUUCCGAUUUGGAUUCUGUAUCAGGUUCCAGUUCAUCGUCUGAAGAUGAUUCAGUUCAGGAAAAUGUAGACUUUAUUGAACUAGAUUCCUUGGACAUCGACUUUAAGCAUGUCUGGAAAUCAGAAAAAAGUGAAAUUUGGUAUAAUUUCACUACAUUGCCCAAUGAGAGGGCAAAGUGCAAUUUAUGCAGUAAUAGUUAUUCAUAUAAAGGAAGAACAACAUCUAAUUUAAAGAAACACCUUAUGAGUGUCACCGCCUCCGAGCUAUGGUAACAUAAAAGAGCACUCGCGGCUAGCUAACAGACGGAGAAGGGGUGGUUCUGUCAAAAAAAAAUAUAAUAAUUAGUUGUUAUUGUGGACGCCAGGUAAAUUGGCACGAGUACCCCACAAGUCAUCCAACUAACCUACAACUUACCAAUAGAUUAGCACAAAUAUUUACCAAAGUCACGG